CUUAGUUUGUGGUGUCGUUUUUCUGUCAUGAAGGUUCAAACCUGCUAGAUAUACCCUCUUAAAUAUAGUAAUGAAUAAUAUAUUUUUUAAUAUUUCAACUGUAAAAAAGUAUUUGGAACGUUAAUUGCGAAAUUUAUGGGGGUGAUUUAAAAGUCGAUCCAAUUGUGUAAUUUCUUCUGCUUGUCUCCGCAUUUUGCUGCGAAAAUACGAAAGGGUUUUAGAUCGCGAAUUGUUGUGAAAAAAACCCUACCGCUUUAAUAGAAGGGUUUUAGCUCUUAUAAGUGUUUUUAUUACUCUUUAUAGUUUGCUUGUAUUGAAAUUGCAAUGGCGAGGGAUAGCUGCCUGGCUAGAGUGGCAACUGGUGCUGCAGUUGGAGGUGCUGUGGGUGGCGCUAUCGGUACUGUCUAUGGGACAUUUGAGGCAUUCAAAUACAAGAUUCCUGGAGCCAUGAAGAUUAGGUAUAUCGGGAAGACAACUCUUGGCUGUGCUGCAAUUUUUGGCCUUUUUCUAGGAUCUGGGAGUCUCCUACAUUGUGGUAAAUCAUAUUAAAUGUGAUAGAUGUUCGUAGCUUUGUGUGACACAUAACUGCAGCUAAAGUCAUGGCAUUCUAUUCUUUGCCUAUUUAAAUUUAUUUGUGUCUCAAGGAUUAGAAGUAAAUACAAAGGUGGAUUUUACUGUAUGUUCACCUAUAGGCUAUUUGAAGAGAAUAAGAAAUCUUUUGAUGUCGUACUGAUGCAGUUUUUCUUAUUUUGAUGGCUGGAGUUUGGCCAGUCAUUGUUAGUUCACCUAGAGUUUACAUGAAGAGAAUAAGGAAUCUUUUGAUAUUAUAAUGAUGUAGUUCUUCUUUAUUUUGAUGGCUCGAGUUUUGCCGGGCAAUGCAUCUGAAUGUCUGGAACAAAGACUGAUGUAUUUCAUGGGUAAUUUAAAGGAUUAAGUUACAGAUCA